AUGGUAACCUCUGUGCUUCAGACUCGCCUCUUAAUGGCCCGGAAAAAUGUAGGUGCGCUAAUGAAGGCCGAAGCAGAACGCGUGAAGGAGCUGGUGGAGCUGAAGAAUGCGUCUAUGGGCUGCCUGUCUGUGUGGCAGGACCGCGUGACGUCGCUUCAGCAGGAGGUGAGCUCUCAUUUAUUGCGAGCGUCCCAGGCUGAGGCGCGCGCGUCAGACUUUCGCUCGCGCCUUAUUCGGGCCCACGCCAGCAGGGAGCGUCUUAGUAUAGAAUUGCAGCAAAUAAAGAAAGAACUUGUCUUUGAAGGCACCAGGAAACAUUAUUUGGCAGAAGCAGCCACGAUGAGCGAAACGAAGGCGCUGGAGUUUCUUCAGCAAAGAAGCGGCGAGGACAUCUCCAGUGCUCUGCGGCUGCAACACAGCGUCAUUUGCGAGCUUCAGAGUGAAAAUGCGCGGUUAAAAUCUGAAAAGAUGGAGCAGAGGCGGCAUUUUAAGGCGGCGAUCCAGCAGAGAGAUUCUGUCAUACAACGAAGCGUGGUAGCGAGAGGAAACGAAAGGGGGGCCCCAACCACACGACAGCUGAGACCCUCGACAGUUUCUCCCACCACUCCUUCCCUCAAAGCGAUGGCGCCGGACACGCCACGAACCCCCCUCAGGUGUACCGACAUGAAGGCUUCCACCUGUCGGGAGCUGCGGGUGGCAUUGAGCGGGGGUACAUUGGCGGGUCGGCGGAAACGUGGCGGCACAGACACUCGAGACGCUCCCCACAAGGCAACUGUCGCUCGGAGCGCUCCUGUAGCCUCCUCCGCUGGCCCUGACUCCAAACCGCACGCCGUCAGCGUCCACUCUUCCCCCAGAAGCACUGCUCGUCUGCCCAGUGAACCUGGACCAGGUGCCUCUUCAGUUACUCGACCGAAAACCUAUUCUGGGCCUUCGGCUGGCACCCAAGGAGCCUCUAAUGCAGCUGCGGCCUCCAGAGCUGCUCCUCGUUUGCUAAAGAGUGCAACGUCAGAUGUGAAGAGCCGCAGGGGUCCACAGGCUGGGGAGACACAUGGCUCAAAGGCAAUUUCACUAACGGCUUCAAACUGCCGACCCGUAGGUCAGAAGGUAAAAGAACGUACAACAGAGAUAGCCAUAAAGGAGGUCGUAGUUAAAUGCCCUGAAUGCGUGUCAGUGUUGGGUGAGGUUGGAAUUCGCAUGCGCUCGCUUUUCGUUUCGUUAUUUCUACUGACAGCUCUGUCUUGGGUCUGUCUUGGGCUGUAG